GCUGGCUUGGAGGCUGGAGAUCCCGGAUCCGGGAGGGGAUCCCGCUCGUCCCGGGUUGGAGGCAGGACCAUGGGGUUUGCGGAACAUGGGCGUUUGGGGGGGCCCGGGAUGUCCAGGUGGUAGGGAUGCCCGAGGGACUGCUCCAGGGACUGCUGCCAGCAGGCGUCCCAGGCACCCUGCGGACUGUCGGUGGAGCGGUCAGUGGGGUGCAGGAGGGUUGGGGCACCCUCAGGAGGUCUGUGAAAAGGGCGCCGCGGCCACGGGUCCCCUCACCCCUCACGGGCCUGGCUGUGUCCUCCAGAGCUGCCCUGUCCAGACCAUGGAUGCUGAGGUGUCGCUGCUCCUUCAGUGCCCUGCGGGUGGCCUGCCCCAGGAGCAGGUGCGGGUCGAGCUGAGUCCAGCCCACGACCGCCGCCCACUGCCAGGAGGGGACAAGGCCAUCACUGCCAUCUGGGAGAGCCGGCUCCAGACCCAACCCUGGCUCUUUGACGCCCCCAAGUUCCGCCUGCACACGGCCACACUGACCGCCCCCACUGGCUCUGGCGAGCCAGAGCUGCUCCUGGGCCUGGGCCUUACAUCCUACCGAGACUUCCUGGGCACCAACUGGGCCCGCUCAGCUGCCUGGCUGCAACAGCAGGGGGCCACCGACUGGGGCGACAGGCAGGCCUAUCUGGCGGACCCCCUGGGAGUGGGUGCGGCUCUGGCCACUGCUGACAACUUCCUGGUCUUCCUGCGCCGCUCUCAGCAAGUGGCUGAGGCCCCUGGGCUGGUGGACGUGCCCGGGGGGCACCCUGAGCCCCAGGCCCUGUGCCCUGGUGACAGCCCCCAGCACAAGGACCUGCCCGGGGAGCUGGUGGUCCGUGAGCUCUUCUCCAGUGUCCUGCAGGAGAUCUGUGACGAGGUGAACUUGCCGCUGUCCACCCUGAGCCAGCCCCUGCUGUUGGGCAUAGCCCGCAACGAGACCAGCGCCGGCCGCGCCAGUGCUGAGUUCCACGUCCAGUGCAGCCUGACCUCUGAGCAGGUCAGGGAGUACUACCUGAGCGGCGGACCCGAGGCCCACGAAUCCACAGGGAUCAUCUUUGUGGAGACACAGCGCGUGUGGAGGCUGCAGGAGACGGAGAUGUGGGCCGAGCUCUGCCCCUCGGCCAAGGGCGCCAUCCUUCUCUACAACCGCGUGCAGGGGAGUCCCGCCUAGGCCCCCGCUGGACCCCCACAGCUCUGGAGACAAUAAAGGCCUUUUUCUUGAACUCCGUUAGUAUCUGCUGUGUCCC